AUGAGCAAAUCUCCACUUCAUUCUCCACCCUUUCCAGCUAUUGAUUUGGUUCCCAAGAAAGAAACGGAAACCUUGGAAUUCCUUCAGCAAUACCCAGAAUACGAUGGACGCAAUGUUGUGAUUGGAAUUCUGGACACCGGCAUCGACCCUGCGGCAGCUGGAAUUCGGUAUAUGCAAGAUGGAAAGACUCCGAAACUGAUUGACCUGGUGGAUUGUACGGGGAGUGGAGACGUAGAUAUUUCUUGCAAGGCACAAGUGACACCCUGUAAUGAUGGCGAUGAAGAGUGCUAUCAAAUAGAGGGUUUGUCAGGGAGGAAAUGGAAACUGCGCAAGGAAUGGUGGAAACAUGCUCCAGCUUCUGACAGACUCCCUUCCGUCCAACUGGGAAUCAAACGGGCCUAUGAACUUUUCCCAAGCAGCUUAGUGUCUCGCGUCAAGGCACAUCGAAAACAAGAACUAGAAAAGGCACUGGGUAGCGAGGUGGCCAAAGUCGCACGGCAGCUCUACCGAUGGAAACAGUCUUACGAUAAACGAACGGCCACCCACGAUCAAUUGCGCGAGAAAGACAAUCUUCAGGCACUUUUGGAUAUACUUAUGGAUCAGAAAGAUUUGGAAGAGGACCCUGGUCUGAUAUUAGACUGCAUCGUUUUUUACGAUGGAGAAGAUAUGCGUGCUGUCAUUCUGAGUGAUGAAGAUGUAGCAAAGGACGGGUCGCCAACAAUACAGCCAAUGGCAUCCUUUGCCAAAGAAUUCCAAUAUGGAACCAUAUCUACAUUGGAUCAAUACAACUAUGGGGUCAACUUUUACGACGACAACCAAAUACUGAGUAUCGUCGGGGACUGCACACCGCAUGGAACCCACGUCGCCUCGAUUGCUGCUGCUGCCGAAGGGGAACGCAGUGGUGUUGCACCUGGGGCACAACUGGUGUCCAUCAAGAUUGGGGAUUCCCGCAUGGGGUCGAUGGAAUCUGGUUCGUCGGUGGCUCGUGGCAUCAUGGCGGCAGUCAAAUUGGGAUGCGAUGUGAUCAAUCUUUCAUAUGGGGAGGCAGGUCAAUUGGCUAAUGAAGGAAGGGUGGCAAGGUUGGCGGAAGAAGUAGUUUGGCGGCAUAAUAUCAUGUUUGUUUCCGCUGUGGGCAAUAAUGGGCCAGCAUUGACAACCUUGAAUGCACCCGGAGGGAUUACAACUUGCAUCAUGGGGGUGGCUGCAUAUGUAUCCCCCGAUAUGAUGAAGGCCGAUUACAGCCUCUUUUCCAACACUACGAAGGCUGACGACGAUUUGGAGAUGGACGAGAAUGGCGAGGAUCCUGAUGCUUUGGUGGGGACGUCAUAUACGUGGAGCAGUGUUGGGCCAACGGUCGACGGCGCCAACGGGGUUUCGGUUUGCGCCCCGGGAGGUGCAAUUGCCUCGGUUUCCAACUGGACAAUGCAAAAGUCUAUGCUCAUGAAUGGGACUAGUAUGGCAAGUCCACACGCCUGUGGUUGUGUGGCGCUCUUAGUAUCAGCAUGCAAAGCAGAAGGCAUACAGAUAUCCCCUGCUCGAAUACAACGUGCCAUUGAAAACACAGCAAAAUCUAUGCCUAAUCUAACCAAUCUACAACAAGGUUGGGGGAUGGUCCAAGUGUCACGAGCCUUUCAACAACUCAAGGCCGUCAGGGAUAUAGCCAGUGAAGAUGUAUAUUUUGAAGUGAAUGUGGAAAAUCUACCUUCUAAUCCACGAGGAAUCUAUCUACGCCAAAAUGAAGACGUCUCCGCCAAACGAAUAUUUUCUAUUCGCAUCAACCCGCAAUUUCGUCGAGUCGCAGAUAUAGAUGAAACUUCCCAACGCUACCAGAUAGACUUUGAAAUGCAGUUCAAUCUCUGCUCCACGGCUUCUUGGAUCAAGGUUCCAAGACAUUUCAUGUGCAUGAACAAUGGAAGAACCUUCAAAGUUGCGGUCAAUCCUUGCAAUCUGGAACCGGGAGUCCACACGGCGAGGGUUUGUGGGUCCGAUUCGGAACAUCCUGAACGCGGUUUUCUCUGGUCUUGUCCGGUCACAGUGAUCAAACCAUUACCAGAGGAACCGACCGUUGAACUUCCUUCGCUUGAGUUCGAAGCUACGGAAAUCAAACGUUUGUUUGUCGUGCCACCACCUGGCAGUACAUGGAUGGACAUAACCGUAAAGGAUUGUCGGAGUGCAAAGAGGGAUGGUGAUGGGACUACGAAGUUGUAUGUUUUGCACACAGUACAAUUGCUGCCUCACACAGCCUAUCGAGAAUCUUCGACACAAAAGUACCUCAAUCUACUCCCAUCCCAGACAAGCAUUUGCUCCAUAUCCGUGGAAGCAGGUGUUACGUGCGAAGUGGACAUCGGUAGGUAUUGGGCGACUUCUGGAAUCAGCAAGGCUGAUGUAAUAAUUGAAUUUCGUGGGGUUCGGCCAGACCAAAAUGAAGUCUGCCUCUUAGCUGGAGAUUCCUUCAGGCAAGUGCAAGUUCACAGUGACCUUCGAGAUGAGAUCAUUUGUCCAACAGCAAAGCUGGCUUCCUGGAAAACAGCUUUGCGACCCAAAGAGGGGACCAUUUCUCCGCUUGGAGAACGAGAUGUCCAGCCUUGGAAUGAAAAGACAACUUAUCAAUUGAUACUUCACUAUGAGUUUUCACAAGAUGAGAAAGGUUCCUUCACGCCGCGAGUACCGGCGCUGCAAGGUGUCCUAUACGAGUCCACGUAUGAAUCGCAGCUCAUCCUUGCAUAUGAUGGCGACAAGCGCUAUCUCGGAUUUUGUGAUGCUUACCCAAAUUCAAUCAGUGCACCGAAGGGUCUUGUAGUAUUGAAGAUGCAAAUCCGCCACGACGACCCAACCAUGCUUGAAAAAUUGAAAGAUAUGACGAUAUGGAUUGAUCGAAAGCUGGACAAAGAGAUAUCAGUAUCAUGUUACAGUACUAGAGAAGAUAGACUGGUAGGGGGAAAGCGAAGUAUGAAGAAGCGGACUCUGCGAAAAGGCACAUGUGCAAGCAUCUUCUUCGCCGAGCCUUCGUCGUCCAAGAUUCCGUCCUGUAGGGAGGGCGAUGUUUUAAUGGGCACAGUCCACUUUUGUAGUGGUGACGCGACUCUUCCUGGCGACGGUAAACGGCCCGAUGGGUUCCCCAUUAGCUACACUGUAGGACCGAAGACGGAGAGACAAUCUUCAGAAGGAGAAGCCGUUGAGCAAAAGGAUGAGCGGACCCCAGACGAACGAUUAGCAGAGGCAAUUCGUGACUUGAAGGUGGACCAGCUUUCAAAACUGACAAGCGCUGAAAAAGAAAGUGGCCUCUUCGAAACUACGUUUAGCGGGCUCUUGAAAGAUUACCCAAGAUAUGUGCCACUGCUGUUAGCAAAUCUCAGGUAUUUGGACUCCUUGAAGAACAGAUCUGAAAUUCUCCCAACAGUAUUGCAAGCCGCAGACAUUGUUAUUGAAAAUGUAGCGGAAGAUGAGUUGGCAAUGCAUUUUGGCAGGCGAUUGGACAAGGACGACACAAAAAUGGUACAGCGGAACAAGGAUUUGGAAAAGACAAAGCAACAGCUUGUCGAGGCCUUAGUUCGGAAGUCCUUGGCAUUGAUAGACCUGAAGGAUCAACAAAACGCACCGCAAUUGUUCGAAGAAACACUGAGAAAGCUGAAGGAGUGGGUGGAUAUUGAUUCAAAUGGAAAGUUUGCUGCCUUAGUUCUUGAACGUGACAGUAGAUUGGGUAGGUUCGGCCUCGUUUUGAAGCGCCUGAACAAACUUAUUUCAAAGAACAAUGGCAAAGACACGGGCGGGGCGAGACCAUUGUCCAAGUCUGAUUUGCUACAGAGACGUUGUGACGUGCUGAAAGAAUUGGGCUACACUGCUUUGGCAGAGCGAGAAGAGUCCAUGAGGCUGAUCAUGAAGCCCAAGGAUUACAUGCUGUUCUAG